CCGUCUUACUCCAAACGAAUGGAAAAGGAUACAGAAGGAAAGAUCGUCUUUGGAGAUGGAAGGAUACGUUUCGUUGGUAGCGCCAAAGACCUAUCUCAGAAAGUGCCUUCGCCACGGACACGGAGGGUUCGAAGUUGGGUGAGGGUAAGCAUACAAGGGGGGAAUGCCAAGAAGAGCCGGGAGCAUUCGAGUCAGUUCGCGUAGGGACUCGAAGCCGCGCGCCCGCCUUCUCUUUCUCACUCUGUCUAUAACGAAGCCGCUCUUAGAACGAAAGAGACGAGCACGUAUCAACCGAUGUCUCGACGAAUUAAAGGAUCUCAUGGUGGACGCACUCGAAACGGAAGGUGAAAAUAUCAGUAAAUUAGAAAAGGCGGACAUUCUCGAAUUGACGGUACGUCAUUUGCAAAGAUUACAAGCUUCUCGUUCCGCCGGUUUGUCUGGUAUUUCAACGACGGCAAUACCAACAACGCCAACACCAACGACAACAACAACGACGACAAUAAAGAUGACGACGAUGGUUAACGAUGAAGCUACCGCUGAAAGUCGAUGGCAAUCGGGCUUUGGACAUUGCGCCACGGAAGCAUGUAAAUUCUUGGCCACGCUUCCUGGGAAGGCGGCGGAGAAUUUGGCCAGGCAUCUAGCUAUUGGUCUUCAAAAUAAUUCCAAGAUUAACUCGUUGAGCAUCAAUCCCAAUCUUUCGACGACAUUGAUCGAUCUGGAUCCUGGCACCUUAAUCGGUCCUUGUCUGAUCAAUCCAAUUCCCUCAACAGACACUAAUAUAAUCGUACCGAAUAUCGUAAUUCCUACUAGCAGAACGAGUCCUUGUGUCAAUGUGAAAACAGGAACAUUUAAAAGUACGUCAACGGAAACAACGAUAGGGUCGUUAGAAAAUAGAUUUCACGGAGACGAUCGAAAGCAAUUGACAUUUGAUGCUAAAGAAAUUCGACGAAAUUCUAUGGUCAAACGUAAAACGACCAAUCAUCAAAGAAUUAAUACGGAGGACGACGAGGAAAUCGAUGUUGAACGCGUAGACGAUGGUGAUCCUAUGUGGAGACCAUGGUAGCGAAAAAUUUUUUUAACUCGAAUCUUAUAUUAUGGAUGAUGAGAGAAAAAGAGAAAGAGAGAGAGAGA